GGGACAGACGGACGAGCUGCGGAGGUCAGGAGCUGCGCCGGGCGACGUAGAAAGCGAGCGGGUCAGGCUUAGCGUCGGCCACUCUGUCCGCUGAAUGAAGUGCCCGCCCCGCUGAGCCCCGAGCCCGGCGCUUUCCCCGCAAGAUGGACGGUUUCGCCGGCAGCCUCGAUGAUAGCAUUUCUGCUGCAAGUACUUCUGAUGUUCAAGAUCGCCUAUCAGCUCUUGAAUUACGAGUUCAACAGCAAGAAGAUGAAAUCACUGUGCUAAAGGCAGCUUUGGCAGAUGUUUUGAGGCGUCUUGCAAUCUCUGAAGAUCAUGUGGUCUUAGUGAAAAAAUCAGUCCCAAGUAAAGGACAGCCAAGCCUUCGAGAAGCUAUUUCCAUGUCCUGUAUACCCAAUGGAAGUGGUGCAAACAGAAAACCAACUCACACCAGCUCUGUCUCGAUUGCAAGAAAAGAAACUCUAUCAUCUGCUGCUAAAAGUGGUACAGAAAAAAAGAAAGAAAAACCACAAGGACAGAGAGAAAAAAAAGAGGAAUCUCAUUCUAAUGAUCACAGUCCACAAACUCGAGCAUCACCUUCUCCCCAGCCCUCUUCACAACCUCUCCAAAUAUACAGACAAACUCCAGAAAGCAAGAAUUCUGCUCCCACUAAAAGUAUAAAACGACCAACAGCCGAAAAGUUACAUAAUUCAUGGGAAAAUUCAGAUGAUAGCCGUAACAAAUUAUUGAAAACACCUUCAGCAUCAAAAUUAAUAUCAAAAGUCACAAAAAAUACAGACAGGCAUAAAGACGUCAUCAUCAACCAAGAAGGUGAUUAUAUUAAAAUGUUUAUGCGAGGUCGGCCAAUUACAAUGUUUAUUCCUUCUGAUGUUGACAACUAUGAUGACAUCAGAACAGAGCUGCCUCCCGAGAAGCUCAAACUGGAGUGGGUAUAUGGUUAUCGAGGCAAGGAUUGUCGAGCUAAUGUUUACCUUCUUCCUACGGGGGAAAUAGUUUAUUUCAUUGCAUCAAUCGUAGUACUAUUUAAUUAUGAGGAGAGAACACAGCGACACUACCUGGGUCACACAGACUGCGUGAAAUGCCUUGCUAUACAUCCUGACAAAAUUAGGAUCGCAACUGGACAGAUAGCUGGAGUGGAUAAAGAUGGAAGGCCUCUACAACCCCAUGUCCGAGUGUGGGAUUCAGUUAGUCUCUCCACACUGCAAAUUAUUGGACUUGGAACUUUUGAGCGUGGAGUAGGAUGCCUGGAUUUUUCAAAAGCAGAUUCAGGUAUUCAUUUAUGUGUUAUUGAUGACUCCAAUGACCAUAUGCUUACUGUGUGGGACUGGCAGAAAAAAUCAAAAGGAGCAGAAAUAAAGACAACAAAUGAAGUUGUUUUGGCUGUGGAGUUCCACCCCACAGAUGCAAAUACCAUAAUAACAUGUGGUAAAUCUCAUAUUUUUUUCUGGACUUGGAACGGCAAUUCUCUAACAAGAAAACAGGGAAUUUUUGGGAAGUAUGAAAAACCAAAAUUUGUGCAGUGUUUAGCAUUCUUGGGGAAUGGAGAUGUCCUUACUGGAGACUCAGGCGGAGUCAUGCUUAUAUGGAGCAAAACUACUGUCGAGCCCACACCUGGAAAAGGACCUAAAGGUAUAUACCAAAUCAGCAAACAAAUCAAAGCUCAUGAUGGCAGUGUAUUCACACUUUGUCAGCUGAGAAAUGGAAUGCUAUUAACUGGAGGAGGGAAAGACAAAAAAAUAAUUCUGUGGGAUCAUGAUCUGAAUCCUGAAAGAGAAAUAGAGGUUCCUGAUCAGUAUGGCACAAUCAGAGCUGUAGCAGAAGGAAAAGCAGACCAAUUUUUAGUAGGCACAUCACGAAACUUUAUUUUACGAGGAACAUUUAAUGAUGGCUUCCAAAUAGAAGUACAGGGUCACACAGAUGAACUCUGGGGUCUUGCCACACAUCCCUUCAAAGAUUUGCUCUUGACAUGUGCUCAGGACAGGCAGGUGUGCAUGUGGCACUCAUUGGAGCACAGGCUGGAAUGGACCCGACUCUUGGAUGAACCAGGACACUGUGCAGAUUUCCAUCCAAGUGGCACAGUGGUGGCCAUAGGAACGCACUCAGGCAGGUGGUUUGUUCUGGAUGCAGAAACCAGAGAUCUAGUUUCUAUCCACACUGACGGGAAUGAACAGCUCUCUGUGAUGCGCUACUCAAUAGAUGGUACCUUCCUUGCUGUAGGAUCUCAUGACAACUUUAUUUACCUCUAUGUAGUCACAGAAAGUGGAAGAAAAUAUAGCAGAUACGGAAAGUGCACUGGACAUUCCAGCUACAUCACACACCUUGACUGGUCCCCAGAUAACAAGCAUAUAAUGUCUAACUCGGGAGACUAUGAGAUACUGUACUGGGACAUUGAAAAGAGCUGCAAACUAAUCAGGAAUCGAUCGGAAUGUAAGGACACUGAUUGGACGACAUACACCUGUGUACUAGGCUUUCACGUCUUUGGUGUCUGGCCAGAAGGAUCUGAUGGGACAGACAUCAAUGCACUGGUACGGUCCCACAACAGAAAGGUGAUUGCUGUUGCCGAUGACUUCUGUAAAGUCCAUCUGUUUCAGUAUCCCUGCUCCAAAGCAAAGGCUCCCAGUCACAAGUACAGUGCCCACAGCAGCCAUGUCACCAAUGUCAGUUUUACUCAUAAUGAUAGUCACCUGAUUUCAACUGGUGGAAAAGACAUGAGCAUCAUACAGUGGAAACUUGUGGAAAAGUUAUCUUUGCCUCAGAAUGAGAUUUUAGCAGAUACUACUUUAACAAAAGCCCCCACUUCUUCCAUCGAAGGUGUCAUCCAGUCUGACACCUGUAUACCACCCCCUUUCCAGCCCUUAAGUGACACAGCUGAAGAAGACAGCAGAAUAAGCAAUUCUCCCACACUCCUGGAGAACAGCCUGGAGCAGACUGUGGCACCGAGUGAAGACCACAGCGAGGAGCAGAGUGAGGGUGGCAGCGAAGAGCUGGGGGAGCCCACCAACGAGGGGCUGGUCAGUGAGGUGGGCGAGGGGCAGAGGGAGGACCAGCGGGAAGCCUCCCCGCUGCCCUAAGUCCCUUGCUUCUGCACCGCUCCUCCUUAAGCAGCAUGGGAUUUUGUGGUCAAGUACAGAUAAUGGGACGAACAGUGAUGGAGAAUCACUAUGGAUAGAGAUUUUGUUUUCCACAUAUCUCCUUCCUUCAGUACCCUCAGUCUUUCAGAUACAGCCAUCCUAAAGAUUGUUUGGUGUAUGUUGAAAAUUAGCCAAACUUAAUAGUAGAAGACUGAAAUAUUAAUUCUGUCUCGGAAAUCACUGUGUUUGUAAGAGGGAUGAUGUAAAUACUGGAAACAAAAGCAGCAGUUGUAUUGAUUGAAAUAAAUACCCUUGGUAUCUGAAUGCCUUUUCUUCAGGAAUAGCCAGAGACAUCACACACACUGUUACUCAUCUGCUGGCCCAGACACCACUCUCCCUGAUGCAGGAAAAAGAACCUGGAGCAGGGAUGUGCUCUUACUGCAAUGUCUUCCCACCAAAGUCUAAUGGAAAUUUUUCAAUUAAGAAAAACUUCAGUAUUGCCCAGUGCAAUGAUGUUGCCUUCUUGAAUAAUAAUGACUUGUUUUUUUACACUACCAGUAGAUGUCCAGAUGUGCUUGUUAGUCUACUAUAUAGGUGCUGCCUUUUCUAAGUUAAAACAAGGAAGUCCUUAAUUUCUGGUGUGCAAAUCUGUUUUAUCCUAGAACCAAGAGAGCAUUGGUUUGUUGAAGAGCUUUUAAUGUAUAGUAAACCAUUGAUACUCAGAAAUGUUAGAUUCCUCCAAGGAGUCCUUAACUGGCUUAAACAUUUUCUAAUGUUUGGCAUUCAAGUGAAUGGAAGAAACCGCAUGCCUUUAAAACUAAGCUGUAAUAAUUACCUGGCUAAUUUUAGCUUAGCCUUCAUUAUUUGUUCCCUCAACAGGAGAAAUAUAAACACAGUAAGUGUAAGUGAUUGAAUUGGUGCUUGAAAUCCAUUUGUUUAAUUGUAAUUUUCUUACAAGUUAAUUAUAUUGAGGCAUAGGAUAUUCAGCAAAUUACAAAUUCUUUUUUUAAACAGAAGGGUGAAUAAUAGUCACAGUAAUUUUUUAUAAACUAUGUACUUCACAGAUUUACUGUAUGUGGUAAUUGUUUCUGUUGAAGUUGGCAAGCCUUGCAAAUCCAAUGUAGCUGUCUUCUGUUUUGAGCAAUGCGUGUAUUUCGCUGCAUUGGAAAGUUUUGGGGUUUUUUUGUUUGUUUGGUUGGUUUUUUGGGGGUUUUUUUUGUUUUUUUUUUUUGUUUUUUAGUUUUGUCAAACUUUUUCUUAUGUAUGUUUUUCCUACUUUAAGUUCUGACAAAUAUGUAUUUCCUAUAUAUUUGUUUAUACUUUGAUUACAAAAUUUUUUUUAUUUUUUAACUUGCAGUGUUUUGAUACUCUUUUUGUCAGAUCAUGUUUAGCAGCUUUGGGUGAGUUCGUAAGUCUUAAGUAUGCAAGAGUUUACGUGAUUGUGCCAUUCCAAAGUGCAUCAGAACUGUCAUUCCCUUCUAGUAUCUUCUCAGGAGUAAUGCAUAUCAGGUAUUUCAUCAUCGUUUGGUAUAUGGAAACUCCAGUGAGCUCCCAAGGACACUUGCAACAUUAUAUUCACACGUUGUAUGGAAGGGUGUGGGUGUGUGUGAAGGGGCGAGUGGACACAGUUUGUGUGCAUCUCUAGACAAGAAGACAUGUGCCACAUCGAAGAUACUCAGUGUGGAUCUCUGUGUGUAUAGGUAUAUGUCUGUAUAUCUCUUUCCUUUUGUUUACAACUAUUUUUUUUUUAAACCUCAAAGUAGUUCUCUUCAAAAGAAGAGAUUCCAAGCAACCUGACUUUUCUCAGUAUGUUCUGUAUAUAGUUGGCAGAGAGCACCAGUGAGGAUCAGGCCUACAGCCACCUGUCAGCAAUGAGGAUGAAACCGUCGGGUCAGCACGUGCUGUCCCCUGCAAGCCAAAUACUACAAGAACGAGCAAUUCUAGGAGAAAGGGCCUCCUUUAGGUACCUGGAGGAUGCAGCUCUCCAUGAUAAGCAGGGGUCUGAGGACAUCAGCCACCUUUGGGGUUGCCAUGUACGUGAGAUUUAUAAUCGUAAUACUCUUGGGUGGCAGUUUCCAAAGACACUACUAAUACGCAGAAAGCGUUCCAGCUAUCUAAUGCUGGCAACUACUGUUCAAUGGUCAGUCAAAUCUGUGAUAAUGGUUGGAAGUGGGUGGGAUUAUGGAAUUGUAGAUGUUUUUAGAAAAACUUGUGAAUGAAAAUGAAUCCAACUGUUUCAUGUGAAGAUGUUGAGCCAUUUCUAUCAUGCAUUCCUGUGUCAUGGCAGAAAAUUUUGAAGAUU